AUGUUCUCUGAACGGAAGGCAUCGUACAAGGCGCCGCCAAGCUCAGUCAUCGAUAUCCGCCAGUCUCAGCAAGCUCGCCGUGAAAAGGCACUAGAAGAACAGAAACGCCGCCGCGCCCGGAAAGUUGAUGCAUCCCGCCAGCUCGAUCUCUUUGCCGACCUAACCCUCGGACCCUCGGACGACGAAGCAGACGAGAACGGUGAUGGCGAGCCUGAAGUCGUGCGCUCCGGCGUGGCGUCGUUUGCCUCCCUCCUUCCCGGCCCGUCGUCCUCUACUCCUACUCCGUCCACCAAUGAUCCAGCCCAACCCGAACCGCAACAGUCAGGCAAGAAGAAGCCCAAGAAACGCAAGAAGCGCAGCGCCAAGAAAGCCAACAAAUGGGCCGACAAAUGCAUGUACGCCGAGCUGCUCGAGAUGGACGAGGCGUCGCCCUGGUCGGACGGUCUGCCCGACGAUCUGGAGACCGGUUUUGUCGCAGUCGCGCCUGUUCCCGUAGGGAAACGGUGUUUAGCUGUAACACACCAGUCGGCUGGGUAUCCCGUUACAGGCCCUAACACGACGUUACGGUCAAGACUCCAAGGCAAGUCACUGAUGCCCCCAUUCCCGUCCCCGCUCCCGCCCUCGACUAUUCUCGACUGCAUACUCGAUUCAAGGUGGCAGGAGAACGGGAUAUUACACGUACUAGAUGUGAUACAGUGGAAGGGGCAGGAGGUCGGCGAGUGCGAGACGGCAUUCCGCUUCUGGUGGCGCGACACCCGCCUCUCCGAGCUCCCGCCCUUCCCCCCACCUCCCUCUGCGCCGCUCGAACCGCCCGCCUCCGCCGACCCCGCGCACUUCCCACAAACCUCGACCUUCCCUCCGUCAACCCAGCGGUACCGCUUCCCCCACCCCGCAACCCUCCUCCCAAUCCCCUACCACCCCUCCACCUCCGUCCCCGCGCUCGCAUCACACAUCAUCCCCGCCGCGCGCUCCGUGCGGCACGUCACUGUCCAGAUUCCCUCCUCGCCGCGCUUCUCGUAUACUUCGGCGAUGGACAUCGAUAUGGCGUUCGGGAGCGGGAGCGGAGGUGGCAGUGGGGGUGGGAGUGCGAGUGGGAUGAAGGAGGUGACGUACGAGAUACCCCCGGACGGCCUCCUGCUUUACGUCGCCCAGGCGAGCUACGAGCCCGGCACGAGUCCGCUCAGCAGCUGGGUGCCGCUCCGUCCUGACCCCGACUCCGGUGUAAGCGAGGGUGCUCUGGAUGUGUUCGAACGGCUGGUCAGGCGGAGAUUAGCUGGUGCUACAGCACAGGGACAGCUCAUAGAGGUGGAUAUGGAUGCCGAUUAA